AUGAAGAGACUUUUGGUCAUUUUAUCUCAAGUUGCAGUAACUGUCUUUGGGAGCAAAUGCUACAGAUGCAUGCCUCGCUACGGAACAGAAGAGCAGAACUUGCGUUACUACUACCCCGUGGGAAAUGUAUCCCACAUCAUAACCUCCACAGCUGCGCAGGGAAACUACUUCGGCAAAUCCUGCGUUUUUCCCACAGACAACGCUAUUCGUGCAGAUCCGAAGCAGCCGCUAGGAAGGUGGUCCAAAUUUAUUGCGAAAAAGACCCCUCAUACCGCCCCUUUUUCUGACAUUGUGCCAGAUUUCGACCCUCAUGGGAAGAUUCACCGUAACUGUUCGAGAACAUUGGCAAAUGAAACCGAUGUGGAUCAAAAAGGAACGCGCAAGACAUCGAUGAAGCAUUGUGUGCCGAUGUACUUGAAUCCAAAAAGCACGGCGAACUACAAAUCUGAAGCGGUUCUUGACACGUACGUCUGCGCUUGGAGUUGUAGCGGCGAUUUGUGCAACAGUCAUCUCUUUGGUUCCGCUAAGCAAACUAGCGUGCUGGCGACGUUUUAUAUAUCUCUCAAUCUAUCCGUCAAAAAGAGCGCAGACAGAAUCUUUAGAGCAAAAUCGAAAAUGAAAAAACACUUUGGGCUUGACACCAGGAUCGAUGGUCCUUAUUCAAAGCUCAUUGUUGGAAACACAGCUUUUUUGUCGUUCUUUUUCUUUGGAUUCGUCCUUUGUUCACAAAUAUUCAUGGUCGAGUGGAAAGUUAUGUAUGGAAUAGACUAUCAAUGGGCUGGAAUCAUGCCUACUGUUUCUAUAGCAAUGAGAAUCGCAACGAAUAUUUUUGCAGCUUUAUUUUACAACCAAUUUUCGCCCCGCAAGUGGGUCAUGAUCAGUGCGUUCCUAAGCAUAUUUGCCUAUUCAAUCUUGUAUUUUGCGCACUGGCUUCCAAGAAUCGGAAUGAACUUUAUAUUGAACAAUUUUUGA